UGUAUUAGGCGGUGCGCAUUCCUCACUGAAUUUGUCUGAAGAGGAAUGGAACAAUACUAUCAGGACUAACUUAACAGGAUCCUGGCUAGUAACCAAGUAUGUCUGCAGAUGUAUGCGUGAUGCCAAUCUGAAGGGAUCAGUUACAAAUAUUUCAUCUAUUGCUGGUCUUAACCGUGGAGUAUUACCUGGAGCUACUGCCUAUGCUACUUCAGAGGCUGGUCUAAACACCUUGACCAAGAUCAUGGCCUUAGAGUUGGGGGUGCAUAAGAUCAGAGUGAACUCAAUAUCGCCAGGGUUGUUCAAAUCCGAGAUAACAGAGAUACUUAUGGAGAAAGAGUGGCUCAAAAAGGUGGCAAUGAGAAUCGUUCCUCUAAGAGAACAUGGUACUUCAGACCCAGAAUUGACAUCACUUGUCCGGUAUCUGAUACAUGAAUCUUCAGAAUAUGUGUAAGGCAAUGUGUUUAUAGUUGAGGCAGGAGUCACCUUACGAGGUUUCCCC